UGCAGUUCUCUAGUUCAGUUUAAGUGUUUUUUUAAUUAAAUAAAUAAAAAUGACUGGUCGUGGUAAAGGAGGAAAAGGUUUGGGCAAAGGCGGAGCUAAGCGGCAUCGUAAGGUAUUGCGUGAUAACAUUCAAGGAAUCACGAAACCAGCAAUUCGUCGAUUGGCUCGUCGUGGAGGUGUAAAACGUAUUUCUGGUUUGAUUUACGAAGAAACACGUGGAGUGUUGAAAGUUUUUCUGGAAAAUGUUAUCCGAGAUGCCGUUACUUACACCGAACACGCUAAGCGUAAGACAGUUACAGCUAUGGAUGUAGUUUACGCUUUGAAGAGACAAGGGCGUACUCUUUACGGUUUCGGAGGUAUGACUGGUCGUGGUAAAGGAGGAAAAGGUUUGGGCAAAGGCGGAGCUAAGCGGCAUCGUAAGGUAUUGCGUGAUAACAUUCAAGGAAUCACGAAACCAGCAAUUCGUCGAUUGGCUCGUCGUGGAGGUGUAAAACGUAUUUCUGGUUUGAUUUACGAAGAAACACGUGGAGUGUUGAAAGUUUUUCUGGAAAAUGUUAUCCGAGAUGCCGUUACUUACACCGAACACGCUAAGCGUAAGACAGUUACAGCUAUGGAUGUAGUUUACGCUUUGAAGAGACAAGGGCGUACUCUUUACGGUUUCGGAGGUUAAGAAUUUUAUUCGAAACAAACAAUCGGUCCUUUUCAGGACCACAAUUAAAUAUAAAAGAGAUUGAAAAUAGAAAUCAUACACCGUUGACGAACAAAAUACCUAAUUUUUUUUCAUUUGCCAAUGAAUAUAUGUAUGUAUAUACUAAAUACCUGAUGAUUAUCAAAAAAAAUUAUUUUGCUAAUUUACUUACUUUUUUGUACCAAAAUAUUUUUUUUGAAAUGGAAACAUAAAAUAAAAUUCCUUUUUGUGAAAAAUUUUUUUUUUUGCUUUAGUCGCAAAAACAUAUUUUAUUCCUUGUAUUAUUCUUUUUUCGAAAUGGAAACAAAAAUUAAAUAAAAUUCCUUUUUCUGAAAUUUUUUUUGUUGCUUUGCAUAUUUUAUUCUUUUUUCCGUAGAAAAAAUUUUUUUUUUGCUGCUUUACGGAUUGGAUACGAACAAAUAUUUCUUUUUCCAAAGGAAGAAAAAACAUUUGUUUGUUGCUUUCUUUUUCUUCGUACGAGAAUAUUUUAGAAUAUAUACA